AUGAGUGUUAGAUCAUUAAUGCAUUCACAGAAUAGUGGAAGAAAACAUAAAACUGAACCUGAUAAACUUAGUAGGAUUUCUUCAACUGAUAUGAGAGGUAUUGAAAAUUUAAAAAAUUUUUUAAGGUCCAUUUAAAUAUGAACCUUUAUAAAAUAUAGCUCAUCCAAUAUAACCUGAAGAUGAUUUUUCAAUAAAAGAUCCAACUCUAAAAACAGUUGAUAAAUCAAGGAUUUCUUAAUCUUUUUAUAGAAUUAAUUCUCCAUAACUAAGUUUUAGAUCUAAAACUUCUCAAAGUGAACCAGAAGAAAGUCCUUUUGUUUUGAGUUUUCCACCAAAAUAAUUAGAAAAUAUACGCAAAAGAUCUAAAAGCAAAUAAAUAUUUUAUUUUGUUGAGAAACUUAGAAAAAGGUUUAGAAUAGAUAGCAUGGCCAAAAAGUUUUAGUAUUUAUAUGAUUAGGAAAAUAAUUUCAUAGAUGAUAGUUGUAACAUAAAUAUCAUAUGUAGAGGGACCUUGUUACCGACAUCUUCAAUAUUAUAGAGUUGGAAUGUGACUUUUUUUACUUUAUUACAUGUGAUGCUAAUAUUUGUUCCUUUAUCUACAGCUUUAGAAAUCCAAGACAUCAAUUAUCUUUUUUUAGGCCUCAAAUUAAUAGAUAUUGGAAUUUAAUUAAGCAGUUCCUUUACUUAAAAUGGUUUAUUAAUAACUAGUUUCAAAUCAAUUUCAUUGAGAUAUUACAAAUAGUUUUUAUGUUAUGAUGCUGUAUUUAAUAAAUUUAUUUAAUAUAGUUUACAAUAAUUGGAUUUGUAUUUUUAAAUACAUUACCAUAAUCAAUCAAAUUUUAUGUACUCACAAUAAUUAUAAUCAGUUUAAUUAGAAGGUAUUAUGAGAUAGAAAUAUUUUUAAAAUUGUAAGUAAAUUUUGAUUUAACAUUUUAGUGAGUAUAAUCUAUUUUCUCCUUACUUAUAAAUUAUAAAUAGUCUAAUAAAGAUUAUAUUACUCAUUCACAUUAUAACUUGUUAUUAAUAUGGAUUAUUUUAUCAUAGUAAUUUAUUAUUUGAUUCUUAUGUGUCAACUUUUAGCAUAGUUAUUUCUAUUUUUACAUUUAAUUCAAAUUACACACCUAAUGAUUAGAAUGAAAUGAUAUUUUACAGUUGUGUUGCAUUUAGUUCAAUUAUAAGUUUUGCCUAUUUGUUGACUUAAUGUCUAUAUCUAUUUAAAAAUGCAAGAUUUUCCUCUUAAUUAAGUGAGUUUUUGGCUAUUAAUAAAUUGGAUUCAAAUUUAAAGUGUAAAAUUAUUAAUCACAUUUUAAAUCAACCUAAAUUUUAUCAUAAUUAGUUUGUAUCAAAAUUAUCAGGUCAAUUACUUUAAGAAUUUAAUAGAAUGUAGAGAUUUUAAUUAUUGACUAAAUAUUUUAAAUACUAUAAUAUUCAUACAAUAUAAACAUUAAUAAACUUUAGUGAAGAUAUUAUAUGUUAACCAAAUUAGAUUAUAGUAACAGAAUCUGAAUGUGAUGAUUGUUCAUUGUACUUUAUAGUUGAAGGAAAUUUUAAGAUUGUAAACAAGAUGGGGAUCUAAUUAUAAAUUUUGGGAGUAAUAUAGUAAAUAUUUUUUUCAGCCAGAAUAAACGUUUGGUGAAAUCUCAUUUUAUACUUAAUUGCCUAGAUCUGCUACAGUAGUUAGUGAAGGAGUAUGUAGAUUAUUAAGAAUAAGAAGGGAUGUAUUUUUGAAACUCUUAACUUUUAGUGAUAAAGUAUAAUAAUUGAUAAAUAUUUUGAAUAGUAAUAUUUCUAUAGUAUGAAAGACCGAAUUCUAAUCCAUAAAGAUUUACCUUGUUAAUGUUUUUGUUGUUCUUCAUAUGAUCAUUUGAUAACCAAAUGUCCUUUGUUAAUUUAUCGUCCAGAUAAAGAAAAGGUGAUAAAGGCUCUAAUAUAUCCUAGAAGAAAUUUGAGAUAAAAACGUAACAAAUUUGUAAAUAGAUUAGAUUAAAGAAGAUUAACAAAAGACACUAAGGCUUAUGACUUUGCUAAAGAUGCAGAAGCCAACUAAGAUUAUUUAUUAUAGUUGUAUUCAGAACAUCAUUUUUAAUCUUCUAAUUAAUAUAGUCAAUCUAAUUUACCAUAUGAUGAUGUUUAUAUCAAAGAGAGCUAUGCAUCAGCAUAAAGUUUUAGUAGAGUAAGUAGAGAAAAAUCACUAUUAAAAAGUACAUCUCUAUUAAAAGAAAAAUCAAUACAUGAUUAAUCGAUAAUGAAUGAUGCGUAAUUAUAUUAAACUAUUUAUUUAUAGAAGCUAUUUAGAUACAUCUGAGAAAUAAUAUAUUCUACAUUAAGGGGAAAUGGAUGAUGAUAAAUUCAUUAGUUUAGUAAGAAAAGAUUAAUAGAAAAAUACAUUUGCAACUGCUGGUUUUGGAAAUGCUGGAUAAUAAUCAAUAAAAGAUUAAAAAUCAUUAAAUAUAAUAGUAGAGAAUGAAAGUUCAGAGAAUUCGCCUUCUUUAGAAAAUGCUUUAGAGUUAACAAAUUAAUUAUAAAGAAAUAAAGAUCCGAAAUUAACAUUCAAUUAUAAUUUUGACAAUUAAAUGAGUGAUUUAUAGAACAAAUAUCAACAAUAUUAAAGAAAUGCUACAGAAUCAAAUCAUUCUCUGAAACGAUAAGAUAAUAGAUAACAUUCAGUUAGAUAAAAUUCUUCAAGAUCUCAAACUUAUAGUCCAAUAGCAUCAAAUAAUAUAACAGCAAAUUCAUAUAGAUCUUAGAUGAAAUAAAAUGAAUAUACAUAAUCAGCAUCUGGUCUUCAUAGAAGGUUAAUUAAUGAUUAAUUAUUAAAUUUUAGAUCUAUAUCAGGAGUAAAUAGAUAAUACACAGAUAGUCCAGAGAUUUAAAGUAAAAGGGGAACUAAUCGAAAAAAGUCUACAAAGACAGGUACAAAAAUAUCUGUAUUACAUUCAUAAUUUUAACCAUUUAGUGGAUUUGAUGUAUUUUUUUAAUAAUAUUGUGUAGAAUCCAAUUAGUUGUAAUUUAGGAGAUGAUGAUUUUGAAAAGCUUUACUAAUUUGAAAUUUAUUUACCUUAUAAUAAUUAUGACAUUGUAAUUUAUAAGUAAUUAAUACAAUUAAAUAGAUUUAAUCAAUUUAAUAAAAAUACAAGAUUAAAAAAACUAUCUAGAUAUUUUUUAUCAUUUAAGUUAGCUUAAUAGAUUUAACGUUUAAAAGCAAAGUAAUAAUUUAUUUAUAAUUUAUUAAAGAUAACAUAAUACAUUAUAGAAUUGA